AAAGAGAGUUUAGAAGAACACCAACAGUCACGCUCUGCCAUUUUGAUGAAACGGAUGCUGUUGGUAAACACAGGAGAGAACCUUUCCAGACUGUCCUCAUGAGAGAAUACUGUAUGUGACGGUUGUAUUUUAAGCCUUUUGGAUCUACCCUUGGAUAAUUGCUUUUUAACAACUUUCAGCUGUGAAGAGUCCUUUUUUUGCCAGGAAAUAGUUUUGUUUAUGGUCCAGAUUCUUGACACUUUUUCGGAAGAAGGCAACCUUUGCGCAGUCCCGCAGACUGGGUCUAUAGGUUCGCCCUGCUUUAGUAGGAGGUUUCAAAUAUCUUGAGGAGAAUCCAAGAAUCUGCCAACAACUGACUCACUGAGCCCCAAAAAGACCACUCUCUGAAGCAAAACUUCUCUUCUACUCUUGCUCCACGCUUUCCUAUGCGUCCAUGCUUAUUACUAUAGAGAAACUUUUGAAGGAUCCUUCUCGGUGUUCCUAACAGAAGUAAAAAUCAGCAGUCCUGUGGGAGAACCUGUUGCACACAAUGUUCCAGUCAACACAGACACCUUAAAAGGGGUACCGUGGGACGGGCUUGCUGAAUUUAGUAUGGAGGUGGCCAAUCUGAAGAACGAUACCCAGUACCAUGUGACCUUAUUGGCCUAUGGGUGGGCAGGAGAGGGGCGGCCCAGCAUGCCAAGGGAUAUUACUCCAGCCUCUCACGAGAGAUGCCUCAGACCAUCGCCCCCCUCAGCCCCGGAUGUGGUAGCAGCAUCUCACACUGAAAUCGUGCUGUCAUGGAAACGGGGUGCAAGUGAUGGGGCGUCACCUGUUCAGCACUUCCUGGUUUCCUAUACUAGACCGGAUGUGGAUGCGGAGUGGACCUCUCUCCGUGUGCCUGUGCCCACCACCUCCAUGGCCCUCCGAGGCCUGAGUCCCGACACACUCUACCAAUUCAUGGUGCAGGCUGUCAAUGCUAACGGCGCUAGCCCCCCAAGCUCCACCAAUGGCAUUUGGACUCUCAGUAUUCAAGAUGCAGGCAGUGGAGCAAUCAGUAAACAGCGUCAAACUCAUCCCUUUGCCAGUGACGAGGCAGCUGCUGUUUACUCUGAUUACAGCGGGAACACUCAGGAUCUCUUUUCAAGUAAAAUGCAAGAUCUCAGAACACCUCAGCUCGGUUCAGGAGUCUCACAGACGGGCCCCAGCAGCUGGAGCUUUGCCCCACCGGCUGCUAUAUCAGCCUCCCUGCUGGAUGCCCCAUCCUCUUCCUCCUCCUCCUCCUCGUCCUCCUCGUCCUUACCCUCGUCCUCUAGUACCACCCUGGUCCCUGUGCUGCCCCCCGCUGCCGCUGCGCCCAUGACACUGUGGAGGGGUUCCCUGAGGGGGGUGCACGACCUGCCCUGCGAGGAGACCGUGUGCCCGCAGGACACCAUCUGCGUGGAUGACCAUGCCAGCGGAGGUUCCCGAUGCCAGUGCGUCCUGGGCAGAGGAGGGGAGUCCUGCUCUGAGACCGUGGCGUCUCAUUUCCCAAGGCUCUAUGGCUACUCCUACAUGGCCUUCAGUCCUCUGAAGAACUCCUUCCACACCUUUGAUAUCACACUGGACUUAAAGGCAGACAGUGAGGACGGCCUCCUGUUCUACUGUGGUGAGGGGGAACAUGGACACGGGGACUUCGCCUCUCUAGCUCUCAUCCGAGGAAAGCUCCACUUCAGGUAUAACUGUGGCACGGGAGCAGCUUAUCUGGUGAGUGAGAAGGAGAUCGCGGUGGGCCAGUGGCACACGGUGAGCGUGCACAGAGAAGGCACCAGCGGCUGGCUGCAGCUGGACAACCACGCGCCCGUUACUGGCCAGUCACAGGGAACCUACGCAAAGAUCACCUUCCGCUCUCCAUUCUAUGUGGGCGGGUCGCCGAACAGCUAUUGGUUGGCGAGGGCAGUAGGAACCAAUCGCGGCUUCCAGGGUUGCGUGCAGGGCCUGUCAAUCAAUGGCAGAUCGGUGGACAUGAGGCCUUGGCCACAGGGGCAAGCCCUCACUGGAGCUGAUGUGGGUGAGUGCACCAGACACGCCUGCAGCGGAGUGGCCUGUGCCAACGGCGGGACGUGCUACAUUACCUCAGACGAUGCCUACUUGUGCCUCUGCCCUCUGGGACACCACGGCCCGCUGUGUCAAGAGACCAUGGCGUUGUCGGUGCCGUUCUUCAACAAGUCGCUGCUGUCGUAUGCUAGCGCCCCCUGGCCCCAUCCGCAGCGCCACUACCUCUCCUUCACCGAGUUCGAGAUCUCCUUCUGGCCCUCGGCGGCCAACGGCACACUGCUCUACUGCCAGGACGCCAACAGCUCCGACUUCCUGUCCGUCACCCUGGACAACGGCCACGUGGUGUUCCGCUUCGACUGUGGCUCAGGGGCUGCUGUUCUCAGGAGCAGGGAGCCUGUUGAGCUGUUCAGUUGGCACGAGGCACGGGCAUCUCGCACAGCCAGGAAGGGCCUCUUACAAGUGGACACCCAGAACACAGUGGAGGGGCUAGCGGAGGGGGCAUUCACUCAGAUCUACUGUAGCUCGUCGCUGUACCUGGGUGGAGUGCCAGACUACAGUGCCACCCGUAGGGAUUCUGGAGUAUCGCAGCCAUUUACAGGGAGCAUACAGCAGGUCUUGCUGAAUGACCGUGUGAUCCCGCUCUCUCCGCCCUCGCUGGAGGGGGUGAACGUGGGGAACGCGGAGCACCCCUGCAGUGCCCGCCCCUGUGCCAACGCUGGGGUGUGCCAGCCCAGGCAGGAGCGGUACCAGUGCGACUGCCCAGUGGGGUUCCUGGGAGACCACUGCCAAGAAGUUUUGACAGAUGAAAUUGAGGUUCCCCUCUUCACUGGUAGAAGCUACCUCAAAUUUGAUAACAGGAAUACUCUGAGACGUCUGGCUGGUUUGCGGACGCACGUGCAGCUACGAUUUCGAAGCUCCGCUCCCAAUGGUCUGUUGCUAUGGCGAGGGGAGGGGCCAGGUCUGGUGGGGGCUGACUACAUGUCCCUCAGUCUGCAGGGGGGAGCGGUGGUCUUCAGCUUUGAUCUCGGUAGUGGACCUGGCGUGCUGGUGGUCAAUGGAACGUUCAGUGAUGGCCACUGGCACCAGCUGAAAGCAGUGAGAGAUGGGCAGUACGGGCGCAUCGUUGUGGACGGCCAGAAGACCAUCCGAGGACAAUCUCCAGGCAGGAUGAGACAGCUGAACACCAACGGACCUCUGUUUGUAGGGGGAGUGAAGGAGAUCUCCCAGCGCACCCACAGGCGCUCCAUGAGGGGCCUGGUGGGCUGCAUCUCCCACCUCUCCCUCUCCAGCACCUUCCACAUCGCCCUGAUGGAGGACGCGUCCGACGGCAAGAACAUCGACACAUGUCUCGAGUGACCUUUGGACCUCACCACCAGGGUCGCUGACAACAUGAGGCCCGGGUAUAGGACAAAAAGUCACUUCUAAGACCCCCCCUCCCCCACUCAAUACAGUUUACAAUGCAAUGUGGACACAAUUCUAGGGCCCCCCCUCUCCCUGGGCCUGGGACAACUACAACUAACCUCUUUGUUCCCCCUCUGUCGACUUCCCUGCUUGUCACCCCACACAGACCUGAAGUGACCUCUCUGAUUCUGUUCUCGUUCAACCCCCUCUCCUCUCGUUCCUCCUCACCCUGCAGCCUGAUCCGCCUCGACGGAUGGAUCAAACCAAUCCAAUCACUUCUGUGAUUGACAUAAUUUGACACCACUGUUGCGUCGUCGUCAUUACCUUUGUGGUAGCUAAGAGCUAUUUUUUUGGCUUGGCGGUAGGCUUUGACCCUUGGCCCUUGCUCCUAAGACAGCCCCUGCUGAAGUAUCCAAUCACAAGAGGCCGCUCCGAAGGCCACCCUGCUUUACGACCUCAUGAACUCUCUGCCCUCCACCUUCGGAGGGAACAAAAGCGUGAAUUCAUGAACACAGAAACACAGCCUGAAUCGUGUGUGAGAGAGAAGCUUCACUUCCGUGCCAGGCAAAAAAUGCAAUGGUUUGGUUUGUUGGGCUGGCUGAUGGAGAUGAUCUUGGCGCCAGCUGAAGAAGGACCCUUGAGCAGGAUUCAGCCUGUCUGCAUGCACAAAAGCCUUUUUGUCUCAUCACCCAUCCUCAUAGUUCCUUAUUAGGGUCUGAAGGGGAUUUGAAUGUGAUGUUUGUUAUCCCAUGUCCUCCAUGUUCUUGCAUCUGAGGAUUCAUGUCGUACACCUCCAGUGACAUUAUUGGCAAGGAACCAAGUACACAGCAGCCACUACAUCCCUCUCUCUCUUUUUAUGAAGACAAGUGGCUUAACUGUACUGUACUUAUGCUACUUCUUUUGUCUUGAGAUACUACAUGAACCCAAUAACACCAAACUACCACUAUGCGACAGCCCCUCAAAUCAAAUCUUAGGCUCAGAGGCACUCUGAAACCGCAACCAGUGGGUGUCUUGUUUCCCUAUUUCUGUUGAGUCUCUGUCAUUGUCACCACUGUCGCGAGACAAAUUGCAGAUUGUCAUCUCCGCAUCUCUAAAUGACACACUAGACUACUCAUCCAUACUUAUAUACACUACAGUGGACGUAUCCAUUUUUUUUCCGACCCCCCCAUGUCCAUAAUCGUUCUGAGAGGAUGUCUGUCGUCUAUUUUAAAUGAGCCACUUGUUAGGACGGAACAAAUGACAAGCAGGUGUGACAAUGGACUCUGGAAUCAGUACCAGCAUGCGGUAUCUCCCAAAGGACUUUGGUUGUGUUUAAUUUAUUGCACUUCAGCAUGUUAUAGCGAGGCCUUAACCAUUGUUAUUUUAUUUUUUUAGUCUGAUCUAAAAAAUACAUAUAGGACUUGAGAAUAUUUGUUUUUAUUUUUGUAUCCUUCGUAAUAUUUUGUUGUUGUCGUCAGUAUUGCAUUGUAAGGAUGUUGUGCCAAAUGGACUGCUGAUGCUGAUUCGGCUUCCAGAGAGGAAGAGUGGAGGAGGAUGUGGGGGAGGGGAAAGAGGACAAGGAGGAUGGUGAUGAUGAUGAGGAGGAGGAGGAGACUGAAUGUGCUCUGUUGUUAGCCUGGCAACUUAGAGAUGAAAUGUAUAGCCUGGGCUCACACCAUAGGCAAAGUCACAAUGCUAAACCCAUCCAAAUGACUCGCUACACAAAUUCAAAACUAUUCAGAACAUUUUAAUUGGAGGACAGAGCCAAGCCAAGAUUCAUGGCCCAGCUACAAAUGAAAAAUGCUCAGUGGGGGUAUGCAAGACAAAAAAGGUUGGGAAACAUUGGGCUAGACCAAACCGUCUGGCAAAAAAAACACAUUCUGCCGGGAGGGUCUGGUCUUGUUUACUAAGCUACUUUCCUGUUGUCUUUCCCUCAUCUUGACCCUGAGUGGCUUGGUCAGUUGGAACUGUCUUUGGUGACAGAUCUGAUGUUGGGUUGUGGAUGGCACUGCUGUCUUUGCAUGCAGAGCAGAGCCAGAGCCAGAGCCUCCUAUUCUUGGACGGUGUCCUUGCACGGCAUGUCCAGGCCCUCUUCAGGGCCGCUGUGCAAAAAAAAGAAAGUAAAAUAAGUUGACUGGAUUUGACUGAAGAAGAAUUUGGAAAGUGAAAAGACACUCGUAACACUUGCCUGUCUGCAUUACAUUAAGGAUUUGGACUAUUGUCACUAAAGACUUCCCUGGCUGCAUGAAGUUGAGGAUAUGAACAUUUAAAUCCGAUAGUUAUCUGACAUCAAAGAUGUUUUCUCAUGCAACAUGCAAAUACACAGUGUGGCCUUACUGGUAUAUGCACUUGUGGUGCAAAAUCAGUGAUGGGUAAUCUGGAUUCAUUAGUUACCCAGUCCAGUUCAUAUUUUCCAAAUUACUUGGUUUUACCUCAUCUUUUUUCACAAAACACUUCGGCCAUGGUGAGUUUUGAUUGGUCAUGGCAUGUUCGCUACCUUCUACCUAUCUUGGUCGCAGAUGAGAAAAAAUAGUCCCGCCCAGGGCAGUAAUAAGCAAACCGUCCCCAAAACUUUUUUUUUUUAACUGUUUUUUUUAUCUAUUUUGUCAGUAAUAGCAAACCAACCUACAAAAGUCUGUCUAAACUAAAACUGUGUCUACACCUAAACAAGUCCUAACCCUAACUUUUCCGGCCUUGUUGUUAAAGCCACGUAAGAAUGUCAUUAGCAUAAUCACAAGGACAGGUUGUUGGUGGUGGUUGCCACACAAUUCCUAACCCGAACCCAUAAGGAUUCCUGAUCCCAAUGUGUAGUUAUUCCUAAAACUACAGCGAUGCUUCAAUAAAAUAAUCGUUGUAGUUUUACGAAUAACAAAGUAACCGGUGAGGCAAAAUGGUCAAAACUUGUUGCCCUGCCAGACCAACAAAACAAUUACCCCUAGGCUAAUGUUAUUAACAACUCGG